AUGGCGGGGUUGAUCCUUCCAACGAGCUCCAGUCACGACAGGACUGUUGUUAGUAACGUCGAUUCCACAUUUCCUGGCAUCGGGAACGGGGAGCGGAACCUUCGGGACCAACGGGCUCAGCGCGAAUUUCCUGAGCGAAUCGAGCAGUCGGAAUUGUAUAUGAAGGUCGUCAUGGAAAAGGGCAUCGAAAUGCCUGAAACCCGAACACUGAAGUCCCGGCACUACAUUUUGAACCAACUGAAGGACCUCAACAGUCUCAACGCUGCAACCCAGGACCCCGUGCCGCUGACACCGAGUCCGUCUCAGGCCGCCUCACCGUCUGCCGCACUCAUCAACGCCUUCGGACAAACGGCCCCGGAAGCGGCCACGGACUUCAGCAAUUUCCUGUCCCAACAAGGAUUCCCUCCUGCAGCACCCGGUUCAGCUAGAACCGGGAAAAGUCCCUUUGACACGAUCCCUGGACUGACUGAACCGACCGCUCAAAAAGCUGACCCGGAAGCGAGAAACAAGCCCUUCGUCUUUGCCCGCUGUCGCGACUGCAACAUCGCUCUCGGCGAAAAGGAAAUCAUGAACUUUCUUCAGGACCUGGUGGAGAUGAUGAACCAGCCGGGACAGAACUUCUUCACCCACUCAAGCGGGAAACGGGCUUUCGACGGCGAAUGCAUUAAUUGCAACUUGCUCGUCGGUGGCACUGAGGCCAUGACUGCUGCGGCUCAGUCAAUGUUCAGCUCCUUGAAGUCGCCCAAGUCCCAUCACACCUUCAAAUGAAGCGUGAAACGAUGUCCGAAAAAUCCUUUUCAUCUGUACGAUGCUCUAUCACCUAAGAACUGAUUUCUCGUCUUCCGCUUCGUCCCGGAUACGAGAAAAAAGCCCAGUCAUUUAAACAUAGACGGUAAAUCACGCCUGAGGGAUCCUUGCUUGUAAUAUUCUUUCAUACGAAAUGUGUAGAAUCGUUAUAAACUCUGUCCUCGGUAUCAGCAGACAGUCAAGAUCGACGGUAUCAUUAGCCAGUAAAUGGAAAGUGAUGAUGAUGUCAAGACUGCCUGUUUUUCUAUCAUCCGCAGCGUGGAUCGUACGACUUUUACCCAUCGCCUGUUUCUCAAAAGUAUUUCACUAUUGAUUUCACUUCAAGUACUGUAUUUCAAAUGUGGUCUCCUCGGCUUUACAUUCCCUUAGGGCAUUUUCUGGGACCAAAGCUGAUCGCAUUAGCCUCCUUGGUUCAUUUGGCCGGGCUUGGGUGGGAUGUACAUUUGGCCACCUUAUCGCGCUGAAAGUCCUAAGAAUGUUCCUCGCAUGGAUGAAUCCCAUGCUUUUUACGGUUUCCGAUUAUUUUUCUAUCCCGUUGGUAUAGGUUCCUUCGCAAAUGAGCUUUUUUUCGCUCAAGAAUUACUUGACGCGUCAAACCAUUGAAUGAGCACUGUUCGCUCCUCGAAAAGUCGGUGUGUUCGGCGAGAAUUUAUUCGUGGAAUUUAUAGCUCGCUGAAUUUUCGGUAACUAAACUAUCGUGCAAAUUUUA